UGAAAUAUAUAUGACAUAUAUUGUUCCUGGCUAAGUUCCAGGGAAACAUUUCUAUGCAAUAUAUAAAAUAAUUCUCCUUAUUAAAUGCUUUUAUCGACGUUUGCAGAGAAUAAUAUUUUAAUAUGUCACUAAAGUAGAAUGUACACAUUUGUUCUUUCACCGGAAUACUCAAGAAGCCUUGUACUGUGGUCAACUCACAGGAUAUCAUUAGUCCCACAGAAAUUCCCAGUCCAUGAAAUUCUGCUAUUUCAUAGUGGUUUAAAAUGACAGACUCUAAAGAAGAAGGACCUCAGCAUGCCAUAAAUAUUAAAGCUAAAAGUAUCGAAAAUAAUUUACAAGAAGAGAGUAUUUUAUCUAAUGCUACAUCUACAACUCCCACGAAUGAAAAUAACAAGAAAGAAGUACAAGAAGCUAUAGAUCAGUCAAAUCAAAAAAAUCUGAAUAUCACUUGGAAGAUAUACAAAGAUCUCAAAAUAUGUAUAUACAAACCUCUCAUUCCCCUGAAGCUAGCUCUGUUGCUUUGGUUUGGAGCUGGAGCCGUCAUCACACCGUUUCUUACGGUCUACUUCAAGCAGCGCGGACUUGCUCUGUCAGAACUGUCAACAAUAUACAUGAUUGCUCCUAUAGUCCAGUUUAUAGGAACAACUUUAUCUGGGGUAAUAGCAGAUAAAAUAGGCCGAUCUAAACCAGUUCUUGUAGGUAAUGUUAUUCUUACAAUGAUAUUUGUUGCCGGUAUGCUUAUAGUACCAAGAAUGAGUACCGAAAGUUGUGAAUCACAUUCACUCAACUUUGAAUGCGAUCAACAAAACUUGGGUAGACUGAUCGUAAAAACUCGCUCUGAAGUAACAGAAGAUGUUAUCGAAGCAAAUUCUUGUAAAAUUACAUGCCCUGAAAAUGUUACACAAUCAUGCCCUGGAGAUAAUAUCAUGUGUAUCGAAUUAGCAGAUAAACAAAAUUUCGUGAACUUGUCUACGACUGUUCACAUUAAUGGUACUUCAAGAAAAAAUAGUGAAACUUUUGAUCACCUUCUUUCUCAAAUGCAUAAAAAUACAACUUUUUCUUGGUGUAAUGAGUCACAAAAACGAAACUGUACUAUAGGCUGUAGGUUUUUAUCCGAUGAAAAGUGUGCAUGGGAAACUGGGAACAGAUGGAAGCUCUUGGUUACGAACAUCAUGUUGUUUGUUCUUUAUCUAACUGCGUACUCCAAUUGCUAUCGUAUUCUAGAUGUGGCUUCAAUGUCUUUAGUGAAAGAACAUAACUCUGAUUUCGGACGAGAACGUUUCUUUUCCGUCCUUGGUAUCUUAAUAUUCUCUCCCAUUGCCGGAUACGUCGUUGACGCAAGCACAGCCGCAGGAAGUGAAAAAAAUUACGCAUCUGCCCUGUAUUUUUUCAUUGCAGUGCUGUUCUUAUUUUUAGCUGUCAUCUGUAAACUUAAAAUCAAAAUUGAAGCUCCAGGAAAAAAUAUGUUGAAAAAGACAUUUUACUUGAUUCAAAAUGUUGAUGUUAUUUCAUUCAUUUUAGUCCUUUUUGUUCUUGGCACCACAUGGAACUUUACAAAGAACUUUACGAAACUGGUUUUUAGUAGAGUUAAACACACCAGGCUUUUUACUAGGAUUAAUUCCAGCUCUCUUUUAGGAUAUACAAUAAGCGCAAUUGGCUAUUCUUUCUUGUAUGACCCAUGGCUGGCUCUUCUCUUAGAAGUUACUUCAGUAUUCACUUAUCAUUUGUUAUGGGUAGCUGUAGUCAUUCACAGUCACGAUAUAGCACCUGAGGGCCUUACAGCAACGGUUAUUUCUACUGCAGGAGCUAUUCAUUACAGUAUAGGCAAGGGUACAGGCAGUCUGACUGGUGGUUUGAUAAUGGAUGUUUACGGAGGAAGAACAGCAUUCAGAGUUAUAGCUAUUAUUUGCCUGGUUGCUGCAGUUCUGUAUGGAAUUUAUGCAUAUAUACGCCACUCUUGUUCCUCAACGAAACAUGACGUUAGUAAGAAAGGUCAAUUUUUCAAACUUAGCAAGUCACUUUCGGCAAGCUUGGGAGUUACUAGACAUACCACUUGUCCAGAAUGUGAUGAUAGGUUUCCCGCAGUAUGUUUUAACCCAUAUAGAGUUUCUAAACAUGUUGUUCGAGAUUCACUGACAGAUAAAAUGAUUGAUUCUAACCAAGAGCAGCCUCAGUCUAUUGUGGAUACGGAUUUUAAAAAUGUAGACCUCAGUUCACAGGAUGACACGAACGGAUGUAAUGGAGCUCUUCCAGCAAUUGACAUCACGAGUGAAAAGAAAGAAGUACCAGAAAAUGUAAAUACAGAAGUUGAAAAUUCACAUAUAACGUGGAGAAUAUGCAAAAAUUAUAAAAUAAGUAUAUGCAAGCCUCUCAUACCUUUGAAAUUGGCUUUGCUCGUUUGGUUUGGAGCUGGGUCCAUUAUUGGUUCCUUUCUUGCAGUCUACUUCAAGCAACGUGGUCUUGCCUUGUCAGAACUCUCAACAAUAUUUAUGAUAGCACCCUUCGCCCAAUUUCUAGGAACAGCAGUAUCUGGAAUAAUAGCGGACAAAUUGGGCAGAUCCAAGCCCGUUCUAGUAGGAAAUCUCAUAAUCACCCUGCUAGCUGUUGCUGGCAUGCUGUUGAUGCCAAGAAUGAAUCCUGAGAGUUGUAAUCCACAGCCGUUAAAUCUCAAGUGCCAUUAUCUAGAAUUCGACAGACUAAUUGCAAGAUCUGCCUGCGACAUCGAAGAAGAUAUCAUCGAAGUCUCAUCUUGCAGCGUUCAGUGUCCCGAAAAUGUUACUCAAUACUGCUUUGGACGAAAUCUGAUUUGCGAAAUUUUGGCGAGGAAUCAAGAAUUUGGAAAUUUUUCAUUGUCGAUUCACGUGAAUGGGACUUUCAAAAUAAAAAAUAAAUGUUUUUAUAAUGUUCACUCUUUGACACACAAAAAUAGAACUUAUUCAUGGUGCAAUGUGCCACAUAAAAUGUAUUGCAGAAUAAACUGUUCAUAUUUUGCAGAAGAAAAAUGUAAUCGGGAAGGAGGAUCAAGAUGGAAACUGUUGAUUGCGAACGUGGUGCUGUUCAUACUUUUUCUCACUACAUUUACUACCUGCUACCGCAUUUUCGACGUUACUGCAAUGUCUUUGGUGAAACAAUAUAAUUCCGAUUUUGGUCAUGAGCGUUUCUUUUCCAUUCUUGGUGUUUUGAUAUUUUCUCCUCUUGCUGGGUACAUUGUAGAUGCAAACACUUCUCCAGGUGAGGAAAAGCACUAUGCAUCCGCAUUUUACUGUUUCAUCGGAAUGUGCAUAAUAGUUUUAGCAAUUAUUUACAAGUUAAAAGUGCAAAUCAUUCCACCGGGUAAAAAUAUGUGGAGGAAAACCUUGAAUCUAUUAAAAAAUGCCGAUGUUAUUUCAUUUAUUUGUGUUCUUUUCGUUCUUGGUACUACAUGGAACUUUACAAAGAAUUUUACCAACUGGUUCCUUACAGAGCUUAAUACACCAGGUGUUUUAUUCGGUCUGAUUCCAGCAGUGAGUGGCCUGUAUGGACUUCCAUUCCUAAUGACUUCUAAAUGGUGGGUUCAGAAAAUUGGUUCUCCCAACAUAUUCAUAUUAGCACUUUUAGCAUACGUUUGUAGCGCAAUAGGAUAUUCAUUACUGUUUGACCCCUGGUACUCCCUGUGUUUAGAAGUAACCUCAAUUUUUACUUAUCACCUCUUGUGGGUUGCUGUAAUCUUGCAUAGUCACGAAAUUGCGCCCGAAGGUCUGACGGCGACUGUUAUUUCUACAGCUGGAGGUAUCCAUUACAGUAUAGGCAAAGGUUCAGGUAGCUUGAUUGGUGGACUAAUAAUGGAUUCCUUUGGAGGUAGGAUUGCAUAUCGAGUCAUAGCCAUUAUUUGCCUGAUUUCUUCAGUAAUAUACGGAAUUUACCUUUACGCACGUCGCAUUUGUUUCACAGAAAAUCAUGACAUUAAAAAUAGAGAUAUAGAUGAAAAUCUGGAAUAUGAAGAAAAGUUGAAAGACAUCUACGCUCUAGAAAAUAAAAUUGUACAAAGUUUGUAAAAACUUUGCUGCUUCAAAUUUCCUAAAGGAAUGUUAUUUAUUGAAAUAUUUUUAAAUAUCAUAAUUUUUAUGAUAAAAACUUUUGUAUAUUGUACUACAGCAUGAUAACGUUGUAAAGUCCUGUACUGACUCGGAUAGUGUAUUAUAAUAUAAGUAUAUUCUAAGUUAUAUAUUGAGUUUUGCUACAAAAUAAAAAAUUUCUUCAUUUGCCGAA